GUGUUGCCAGACCAUCAAUCAAAAUAGGAGCACGUCGAGGGAAAACUGACAUUGCCGAGUCAUUGCCGCGAAAAUCGGGCCGUGAAAAGUGUUUACCAUCAAUGGCUGAGUGCGAGCCUGUGCAGUGAAAGUGAAAGGUGCCUCAAAAGUCCCCAAAAAAUCACAACUCCGCGGGAAAAUCUCCCGCUGUCGCGCCCGACUGGCAACCCUCGCUGCUUUCCCGCCUUUUUCUAUGGCGAGAAAUGGAAUAAAAGUUUUCAGUGCGGCGCUAAAAAGUUACAUGUCCGUGAGGAGCGAAGUGGCAAGAGCAGAUCACACCGGCAGCCACUAGGAAAAGCCAGCGAAAAGUCCGCACAACCAGCAGCCCCAGUUGCGGUGUUCCAACCCUGCUUGCCUUCUCUCCGCCUCUCUAUUCCAGGCUGCUGACGGAAGCAGCGGCCGCGGCGGAAAAGUCAGCCGGAAAAACAUUCGCAUUCGCACCCGCAGAACGACAGCCACAGCAACAUCCGCAUCGGCAGGAUGAGCGAGCCCGAGCCGCAGGAGCUGGGCGCCGAGGUGGUCAGCGGAUCGAUGGCGACCAGCGACGACCAAAUCCAAGAGAUGACCAAGGCCAAGUACACGAAUCUGUGCCGGGAGCUAAACAUGGACCGGCAGACUGAGCUGCAGGGCUACCAAAUGUACCACCAGGUUUCCCAGCGGUGCUCCCUGGAGGGCGAGUCCAUCCACUGGCUGUGCUGCGCAUUGUACGCCGCUUGCCGAAGGUCCAGCACGCCCACAGUCAUUGGCCAGGAUGCGGUGGUCAGGGGCAACUGUGUGUCCUUGAACAAUUUGCUGCGCUGCUGCCAGAUGAGCAUCUACGACUUUAAGACCAAGAUCAAGCUGUGGUGCGACAUGGCCAACCUGCCUCAAGAGUUCAUCAACGAGAUCGAGGUCCUGGACCGCAAGUUCAGCAUCACAUUCACCCUGUACAAGCGUUUCCGCACCAUUUUCGACAAGAUCUUCUCGUGUCCGCCCAACGAGAAGAAGCACUCCAAGUACACCUCCCUGCAUGGCAAUCACGCCCACGGCAAGUGCUCCUACAUCAAGUUGGACGACAUAUGCUGGCGCCUGUUUCUCUGCGCCAAGAACCAGAAGCCCAGCAACACCGUGGACCUGGUCACCUCCUUCAACCUGAUGAUUUGCUGCAUCGAUCUAAUAUACAACAACGUGCUGGCCGAAAAGCGCACCGAUCUCAUUAACCCCAAGUUCGAGGGCCUGCCGAGCAACUGGACGGAGCUGGACUUCCGCCAUAAGCAGCACUGCAUCCUCGGCUACUUCUGCGACAUGACCGAGGAGGCCAAGGCCAUGAAGGCCACCACCUUCCGCGAGAUCAUGACGAGCUUCUUUCAGACAAUGACCAUCUACGGCAACAAGGACACCAUGCUAAACCUGCUGACCAACGAGAACUUCGAGCGGAACCUCAAGUCGCUCAACAUCAGCUACGAGCAGUAUGUCCUAAGUGUGGGCGAGUUCGACGAGCGCAUCCUGAGUGCCUACGAUGCGGGGGACCAUACUGGCCUCAACGACCAGGCCCUACGUCCGCCAGUCACCCCGCUUACUCGCAAGCAGGACCUGCCCGCCCAGCCGGCGAUGGCCGGCGACAAAUUUGAGCCCGUCCGCAACGCCACCAACAACGUUAAGCACCUGAUCGCCUUCGGGCGCCUCACUGAGCCCACGGACUUCGUCAAGCAAGCUGGAGAGGAGGUCAUCGCCAAGCUGCUUAACAUCAUCGAGGAGACUAAGCAGAAAUUCCUCGCCAAAUAUCCGUCUACGGAGGCGAAGAGCCGCUUCCGCCUGGCCAAGUCCUUCUACUUCUACUUGCUCGACCAGAUCCUGCAGGCGGAAAUCCAGAAGAAGCCCGACAUCGAUCUCAAGCGACUGCUGGUGCAGAACAUCUUCAACAUCACGCUGAUAGCCUGUUGCGUGGAGCUGGUGCUAGAGGCCUACAAGACGGAGCUCAAGUUUCCGUGGGUGCUCGACUGUUUCAGUAUUAGUCCGUUCGAGUUCCAGAAGAUCAUUGAGAUAGUGGUGCGACACGGCUCGCACGAGGGCUGUCUGAACCGGUCGCUGAUCAAGCACCUCAACUCCAUUGAGGAGACUUGUAAUGAGCGGCUGGCGUGGGCGCGGGACUCGCCCGUCUGGGACAUGAUCGCCUCCGCCCCGCCACCGCUGCCCACGUCGUUUGAGGUAAACCGCGAUCGCUCCGCCGGCGUCCUGCAAAUCUUCCUGCGCAAGGUGUAUCUCCUCGGCUGGCUGCGUAUCCAGAAGCUGUGCUCGGAGUUGGGCCUCUGCGAAAGGACGCCCGAGUGCAUCUGGCAUAUCUUCGAGCACUCGAUCACCCACGAGACGGACUUGAUGAAGGACCGCCACCUCGAUCAAAAUAUCAUGUGUGCAAUAUAUAUCUACAUUAGAGUAAAGCGAAUGGAGGACCCCAAGUUCAGUGACAUUAUGCGGGCGUACCGCAACCAGCCGCAGGCGGUGAAUAGCGUCUACCGCGAGGUGUUCAUCGGGAUGAACGACGACGGCCAGCCAAAGGUGAAGGACAUCAUCCACUUCUACAACAACAAGUAUGUGCCGAUGAUCCGGCAGUUUGCCAUCGACUACCUGAACGUUACGCCGGACGUGAGUGGCCGGACCUCGGACCUACUGCUCUCCCCGCACCCCAAGGAGCGGGCCGCCCAGCCCAAGAAAGUCACCCAGAACCACUCGCUCUUCGUGUCCCAGAUGCCCAAGAACGAGAUCCAGCAGUCGCCCAACCAGAUGGUCUACCGAUUCUACCACAGCCCCGCCAAGGACCUACAGUUGAUGAACGAAAAGGUACGCGGAGGCAAGCGCAUGCUGAGAUUCGUGGACGAGCCCGGAUUGGGUGGCGUUGUGGAGGUAAAGCGCCAGGUGCGAGAGAUGCCGCCGCACCUUAGCCAGAACGUGAUGGACGACCGGGAACUGCAGGCUGGAGAGCAGCAGGCCACUGCGCCGGCGGACGGGUGCGGCCAGGGAGGAGGCGCAGGAGGGGAACACGAGACAUAGACACGGGGCUUCUGGGGGCAGCUUAGACUUAAGGUUAUUACAACAAAACAAAAAAGAAUACUAAAAAAAUCCGGCGCCGGCGGCCACUCUUUCUACACGCUGGCUUCUUCGGCGCACGCUUGACUAUUUUAUGAUUGUUUUUUUUAUUAACUCUUUUAGUUUGACAUUUUAAUUUAAAUCCAACCACAACCAACCACUCGAACGCAUCUCUUUUAUAGUCUCUUUAACGCCAGCCAACCAUAUAAAUCAUAUGCUAACCAUACAAUAUAUGUAAACAUCCAAUACUUGAAAGGAAUUUUAGAAAAUACCUACACACCACCCAAAUCCAUCGGUCGCGACUCCCUCCUUAUCCAUCCCGAAGCUGAAGGGGAUCGGGAUAUGGGUGGGUUGCGACCGCAAACAAAUCAAAUUAAUGCAAUCCACAUUAUAUAUACACACAUGUAUACAAAAUACACUAUAUAAAAAUUGA